GCAUUUAAAGGCGGGAAGGUCAGGUGGGUGGGGGCGGCUUCUUCUUUUUGUAAAUGAGGUUACCACAGAAGGUGGCCCAAGACCUCGUUCGGUGUCUUUGAGGGAAACCAAGGACGUUGUUGUGUUGCCGGCUGAGGCGAAGUGAGCGCCUAGUUUUGCGCCUCCCGGCAGAGCCGCUCUCUCGGAGUUGAGAGGACUUCUGGGGGGCGGGGGGGCGAGCGGGCGGCUCAUCUGAGGCGAUGCAGCUGGGGGAGCAGCUCUUGGGCAGCCCGGCCAACCUGCCAGGCGCCCCCUUCUACCCGCUGGAGAGCGCGGGCGGCCGCGGCGGCGGCAGCUCCACGCGCCACCUCAGCUCGGGGUCUCCGCCGCGCCUGGACUUGGACAAGGGCGCGAAGAAGUUUGGCGGCGCCUCGGGGCCUCCGGCGACCGGCCUGCUGGGCGAGGCCGAGGCGGCGGCCGACACGCCUCCGUUCGUCGCCGCCGCCGGCCAGGUUCCCGCCAAAGCGGCCUCGGGGGCCGACGGCGGGCGCAAAGGCUCGCCUUGCCCGGCGGAGGAAGAGCCUCUGCCGCCGGCGCCGACGCGCUACACUCUGGACGGCCUGAGCCCCGAGCGCUACUACCUGCAGUCGCCCGGCCCACAGGGCGGCGGCGGGGGCGCCGAGCUGGGCGGCCCUUGCGCCCUGUUCCCUUACGCCGGGGCGGCGGGCGGCGCACAGCCGGGCUCCAUGUACCCGGCGUCGGGCGGCGCGCGCUACCCGUACGGCUCGGUCCUGUCUCCGCCGGGGGGCUUUUCGAGCGCGGCCGGCAGGACGCCCUUCGCGGCGGCCGCCGGCGCCUACCAGUACGGCCAGGGGGCGCCGCCGGGCAGCCUCUACAGCCCCUAUCCGUCGGCGGCGGGCUCGUGCGGCGGACUGGGCACGCUGGCGAUGCCCGGUGGGGCGGGCGCGCUCCGAGCCCAAGUCUUCCUGUGCAACCGGCCGCUCUGGCUCAAGUUCCACCGGCACCAGACCGAGAUGAUCAUCACCAAACAGGGCAGGCGGAUGUUCCCCUUCCUGAGCUUCAACAUCACGGGCCUCAACCCCACCGCCCACUACAACGUCUUCGUGGAAGUGAUUUUGGCGGAUCCCAACCACUGGCGCUUCCAAGGGGGGAAAUGGGUGACGUGUGGCAAAGCCGAUAACAACAUGCAAGGUAACAAGGUUUAUGUUCAUCCGGAAUCUCCCAACACUGGAGCCCACUGGAUGCGACAGGAGAUCUCCUUUGGAAAACUAAAACUAACUAAUAACAAAGGGGCCAAUAAUAAUAAUACUCAGAUGAUAGUACUUCAAUCUCUGCAUAAAUAUCAGCCUCGUCUCCACAUUGUGGAAGUGACAGAAGAUGGCGUUGAGGACAUGAAUGACUCUUCUAAGACACAGACAUUUAACUUCCCUGAAACGCAAUUCAUUGCUGUGACUGCGUAUCAGAACACUGAUAUCACACAGCUUAAAAUUGACCAUAAUCCUUUUGCAAAAGGCUUUCGGGACAACUAUGAUUCCAUGUACACAGCUUCAGAAAAUGACAGAUUAACUCCAUCUCCCACGGAUUCUCCUAGAUCCCACCAGAUUGUCCCAGGAGCCCGGUACAGCGUGCAACCCUUCUUCCAGGAACAAUUUGUCAACAACCUGCCACCGACUAGAUUUUAUAACGGGGAAAGAACUGUGCCUCAGACAAAUGGCCUCCUCUCGCCUCAGCAGAACGAAGAGGUGGCCAAUCCUCCCCAGAGAUGGUUUGUCACUCCAGUCCAGCAGUCUGGGGCCAACAAACUGGACAUGAACUCUUAUGAAACAGACUACUCUCCUAGUACAUUACUUCCUUAUGGCAUCAAGUCCCUCCCCCUGCAGACAUCCCAUGCCUUGGGCUAUUACCCUGACCCUACGUUCUCUUCCAUGGCUGGAUGGGGGAGCAGAGGCUCUUACCAGAGGAAAAUGUCUGCUGGCUUACCUUGGGCCUCCAGGACAAGCCCCCCAGGUUUCUCUGAAGACCUGCUUUCUAAGGAGAAAGUGAAAGAAGAAAUGGGGUCGUCCUGGAUAGAGACGCCGCCAUCCAUAAAAUCUCUAGAUUCAAACGAUUCUGGGGUCUACACUGGCGCUUGCAAAAGGCGGCGACUCUCCCCGAGCACGUCCAGCAACGAAAACUCCCCGACGAUGAAGUGUGAGGACAUUAAUGCUGAGGACUAUGGCAAAGACACUUCCAAAGGCAUGGGCUACUAUGCUUUCUAUACCAGUUCUUAAGCCCUAGUCUCUGUGUUAGAACUUGACUUGGCUAUAAUAUUUCAGUGGUGGUGCGGAGGUCUUUUGCACAAAUGUUGCCAAAGGAACUCUUUACCUUCCCACCUUUUUGAAAAAAAUGUUCUUGUGCAAUUCCAUAGAAGGUGCCAAAGCUUUUUGACUGACUUCUGCAGGUAAAAAAGGGAAGAAACUGGGUAACACUCCAAAAUGUCUUGGCCUCUUC